AUGCUCGGCGUCAGCGGCAUGCAACCACGGCAACUCGCCGCCCAAAUCCUGAACUUCGCACUCGUCCUCUCCACCGCAUUCAUGAUGUGGAAGGGCCUCUCGGUCGUCUCAGACUCGUCCUCGCCCAUUGUCGUCGUCCUGUCUGGAUCCAUGGAACCCGCAUUUCAGCGCGGCGACCUGCUCUUCCUUUGGAACCGGGGGUUGGAUACGCAAGUGGGUGAGAUUGUAGUGUAUAAUGUCAAGGGCAAGGAUAUCCCGAUUGUGCAUCGGGUGGUUAGGCGGUAUGGGGGAGGCAAAACCCCCCUCCGCCUCCUCACCAAAGGCGACAACAACAUCGCAGACGACACGGAACUCUACGCAACCAGCCAAUCCUUCCUGACCCGCAAAGAAGACGUCGUCGGCAGCGUAGUCGGCUUCAUACCGUUUGUCGGAUACGUGACCAUUUUGCUGAGCGAGAACCCAUGGAUGAAACAGGUCAUGUUGGGCUUGAUGGGGGUCAUGGUGGUGUUGCAGCGGGAAUGA